UUGAAUUGUUUACAAAGACCUACAUGUAACCAAGUUGUGUCUGAAAGAAGCAUGGCAAUGUUGAAGAUGGAGCAAGUCGUUGUUGGGAGUGACAAGAGAUCCACCUCAGCGGAGAACAAGUCUGAGCCCGUGGUCGCCCCUCUGCAGUCCUAUCAGCAUGAGAGUCUACAGUGUUUCCAGUGCUUCAUAACCUUCACUAAUUCAAAAGCAAAGGAGAGACACAUGAGGAAGAGUCACCGGGACCAGUACAAACAGCACCUGCAGCAGACCGAUACAGUCUUUACUUGCUAUAAGUGUGACAAGAGCUUCCCCUUCUCUGAGGAGCUCAGUCAGCACCAGGCCACCCACAGUACCGAGGAGAAACCCUUCCUCUGUGCCUACUGCCAGAAUAACUUCUUUACCUUCACAGAGCUGAACAAACACAGACGACAUGACUGCAUAGAACGACGGUGUCCCUGCCGAGACUGUGGUGCAUUGUUCCCCAGCCCUUCCCGCCUUCGCAACCAUCGCCUGGCAGUGCACCCACAGAACCCCAUAGUGGCUGAUGACAUCCACACCUUUCAAUGCUGCAAAUGCAGUAGUGGUUUCUUGACAGAAGAAGAGCUCCUGGAGCAUCAGGAGAGAUUUGCCAAUGAUAUAAACUGUGACGUUAAGCCACAAAGCAAAAAACGCGGUCGCAAACCUAAGAAUGCCACUCAAGUAGAGUUGGUUGAAAGCAAGAAGAUCAAACAAGAAGAGGAAGCAGGGGAAUGCGAAGAAGACAAUGAUUCUUCGACAGAGGGUAGCCCCUGCGCUGAGCUGCAACCAGAGCUCAAGAUUCCUUGUUCGGAGGCAAAUUGUGACCUAAUAUUCCCUUCUGUUGCAGCCCUGCGGGCACACAAAAGGGAGUUACAUGGGCCUCCCCCAUGCAAUGCUCACACAUGCAGAGCAUGUGAAGAGAGCUUCGCUCGGCCUGAGCAGCUAAAAGCACACAUGGCCAGGGAUCACCACUCGGGCUACACCUGCCCCACCUGUGGAAAGAGCUUUGCACGAGAAAGCACCCUUAAGGCCCACCAGAACACCCACACUGAAGGAGAGGAGGCAGAAGAAAAAAGAUAGUAUAUGGGGAACAACAUAAUUCAGGAUGUUUCGUACAGCAUCUUAUUUAGUGUAGGUACAACAUUUUCGUGUGAAUAGUUUAGGAUAAGAGUCUUUGAAGCAGUUAUGCAACACUUCAUUUAUGGAGAAUGUUUCUGCAAUGCUGUUUUUCAAGUGCUGUUAGAAAAACAUCCUGCACUUGGGAGUAAAACGCUCCUCUGAUCUAUACAUAACUAUGAUUUAUGUCCAAUAUAACCUUGUGUCACAAGGCCCUUUUGGCUGUCUAUUUUAACUGAACCAACUAGUUCAUUUCCCUCAAGUUUGGAAUGUUUUUUAUUUAAGUGUAUUAUUUUCAGUAUGUACACAUAGGGGUGACAAUUACACAGUAUGUAAAUCCUACAAAUCAUAAAAUCCAAUAAAUGGACACUGUAUAGAUGUUUGUACUAAGGGACUUCCAUAAUGUAAUCUGCAAGACUUGUCUCUUUUCAAAAGUAAAUAAUUGUUGCAUUAUACAAUAGUUAUGUUUCUUUUGUGUGUGUGUGUGUGAGAAAGUUUUUUAGGUUUUAGUUUUAUUUUUUAGGGAAAGUAUUCCAUGUGAAUGAAAAGAAGUGAGCUCAACAUUUUGGCAACUUUCAGAAAAACAUUCAGAUUUUGGACCACAUUACAAGCAGUUAGGUGAAGCAACCAUACCAACCAUUGCAUAGAGCGAUGCAAUUCACCAAAAAUAUAGGCAAAAGUAGUAAGUGUGUAUAGUGUCUUAUCAUAGCUUAAGUAGGACAGAUAUUCUGUCCAUGGUUAAGUAAAUAAUCAGUUUAUUUAGGUGUACUGCUGUUUAGCCAACUGGACCUUACUCAUAACGCACACACGCAUAAGGUGGAAGUAGGGGAUUUUUUAGUGUUAGUCUUUGUGGUGUGUUCGUUUUGUCACGCUGAAACUUCCACUAUUAAGCUUUCAGUUUGCUUAGCCGUUGUAUUAGUUUAAUUCAGCUAUAUAUAAUAAUCUAUACAUGUUCACUGUAUCAAUCAAAACAAUAAA